GCCAGCGGGCCGUUGCCCACAGGUCAAGACGACGCCAUGGCCCGAGCCGGGGCCCGCAAGUCCAAGCCGUCGUCGCGGCCCAACACGGUACACGUGACGAUGGACUCGGACGGACUCUACAGCUGCCCAGACGAGGCUUGCGCCUACCGCGCGGAAGUGUGGCGACUCCUCUAUCAGCACGUUGCGAACAAGCACGACGACUUUAUCAUCGACAUGCAAGUCGGCGCCGACGCGACCGUCGCCAUCUUCCAGCGCCCCAACCGCGAGCUCCAGUGCCCAAAAUGCACCUUUCGCAGCGCGUCGUAUGAGAGCGUCAAGCAGCACAUCAAUAGCACCCACGCCGGCCUCGGCGUCGCACGGGACCUCGUGCAGAUUGAGAAUCGGCCCGCGCCGUUCCGGUGCCCCGACUGCUCAACCACGAGCAUCGAGUGGUCCAAGCUGCAGAAGCAUUGCGCCUCUCGCCACAAGCGAACCUUGCCGGACGAACCGAGCUACGCGCUGCCAGCGUUUGAUCGAACGUCGUUAGCCGCCGACACGCCCGUGUACGACUGCCCCAAGCAGUACUGCUCCUUCGAGACGUCCGAUCUGUCUGCAUUUCAAGAGCACCUCAAAGUGGUCCAUCCGUCGAAGAAGCGCAAGAUGCCAGAUCUGCUGCCGCGCUACCUCGUCCCGCCCGAGGGCCCGUACACAUGUCCAGUGUGCAAGGCCGCAAUCACGUGCUGGUCGACGCUGCUCGAGCAUGUGGCAGCGCAGCAUCAUGGUACCUUUGUCGUCGAUCGGCCGACGACCUGCAAAGGCCGCGAGCUACGGUGUCCCGUCGCCAGCUGCGGCUACAAGACGACCGUGCUCGAGAACCUCGCGGCGCACUGCCAGAGUGUGCACAGCUACAGCGGCGCCAGUGCCCCGGGCGUCACGCCCGUUGUGCCCACGAUGCGCGGGCGGAACCCGGUGUACGCGUGCCCCUUGUGCAGCUUUGAAACCGGCCUCGCCGCGUCGCUUCGGUUCCACUCGGAGGACGCCCAUCAGCGCAAAGUCGCCAUCCAGCACGCACCUGCAACGACGACGACGACGACCUCCAAGCAACUGCAAAGCAACGCCGUUGUCAACGCGGCGAUCACGAACACCGGCGACUUUCGAAUACUGGCGCCCGUCGCUUCCGGCGCUGAGAUCAUCUUUGAGCUGGACGAAUGUACAUAAUUGUUUAGUCUUUUUUUAAAUGGAAACAAUGUCAUUACGCGUCGAUUAGCAUGAUGCACCGUCGCAGAGGACCA